CUUGAGAGGACCACAUUUCGAUAAUCGCAUGCGCCAGCGGUCCCCAUGAUAUAUAAUGCCAUGAUUAGGCUUCAUCUCCACUCGAACAACUCUCAUUCUAUCACCAGCAUGAAGGCUGUCUUCGUCUUGCUUGCCCUAGUAAUCAGCGCCUGCUUUGCGCAGAAGUGUACGACGACUAUCGACUGCGGCCCAGGCACCAAAUGUGUUGAUGGGAACUGUAAAGUUCGACCCGAGUGUCCGAUGUACACACCACCUCAACUGAAGCCGGGCUGCAAGCUGGAGACCGUUUUGGACGAAAAGGGAUGCCCUAAGUACAAACAAGUUUGCUAGAAUGUGAAGUAGUUAAUAAAUCUUUGCAAUGAAGCCC